AUGUCUGUGGCGAUCUCCUCUGAUGAGGAAGAUGGCGGCGGUGCUGCGGCCGCUUCUUCUGCUGCUUUGGUGUCCAGCGAGGACGUGUCUGAGCAGCUUGUGGCAGCUUCUGAAGGAAGCUUGUCGGAGCAAGCUCUGGUGACUGCAGAGAGUUCUACCUUACAGCCUUCUUCAGGUUCUGGAAAGCAGAAGAGACUGCUGCACUUCUGGAAGCCCGAGCACCCUCUAGCAGAGAAGCCUCCUCUGGAGAAGGAAGCUCAGCCCAAGGGCAGGCCACUGUCCGCUGCCAUGAAGCAAAUUCUGGCAGAAGUGGCAAGAGAGUCUGUUGUAGAACAGACUGACGAAGAAGCCCGUCUGGAAGCUCAGCGACGCUACGCGAAGAAGAAGAACACUGGCAGACCAAAGAAUCUGCCUGGAGCUCCUUCUAAGAAGCGCUCUGCAGAGAUGCCUCUGGCAGUGCAAGCCCGUGUUCUGAAGCAGAUGAAGACAGAGAUGCCUGGCUUUAGUUCUGAGCAGGACUUCGCUGCAAGCAUGAGCCGGAAACUUGGUCUGGACAAGAAGUACGUGAAGAAGCUCUGGGCUAGAAGAGACAACGUUCUCUUGCAACAGUCUGCGCGGAACUUUUCUGUGCUCCCUGGCAAGCACCUCUCUGCCAGGAGCUGGCCGCAAGACAGAGUUUUCUGCCGUGAAGACCGCUCUGCGGACCUGGUUCGAGGAGUCUCGUGCCUACGGGCACUCUGUGAAGAAGCGGCAUCUGCUGUCGCAGUGGCAGCUUCUGUGAGCAAGGAGCUUCUGAAGCUCAAGUCUGCGAAGAGUGCCUCUGCAGACUCCUUCGAGCGGGGUCGUCUGGAUCAAAAGAUCUCUGAAGGCGAGAAGCAGCUGCAGUCUGCUGCGAAAGAUUCUGGCAAGAACCGUCUGAGGCAGCUGUUGCUGGAUGUCGGUGCCAAGAAUCUGGAGCCGGAUCUGAAGACGAAGCUGUCUGAGUCUGAGGAGAUGGUCUCUGCGAAGCUCACUUACCAGAGUCUGGACCGCACUCUGUGGACAGCCUGCUUCGCACCUCUGGAGGAUCUGGCGACCAGGGUUGCCAAGCCCUCUGAGUUCAGAGAGCAUGUCUCUGAUUUGGUCGUGAUCUGCUCCGACCAAAUCCCUCUGUGGAUAAAGUCUGGCAGCGAGCGAGAGCUGUUUGCUGAGUGGGAGCACAACCCUCUGCCCCAGCAGCAUCUGCGAGAGGCUCUGAAGAAUCACCAUCUGUCCUCCUCUGACCAGGUGAAGUCUGGCGAUCUGGUGGCACCUCUGCUGCAGGCUGUGAAGCCGUCUGCUGAAGCUGCCCGUGCCUCUGGUCAGAGGCAGAAGAGGGCCUUUCUGGACGCGGACUCUGUGCGCUACCGUGUCACCUACGAGGCCAGGCAAGCUCUGUACGGCCUCUGCAAAGACCCUGCUCUGGAGGGCGAGUCUGGUUUGAGCGGGCAAGUUCUGCCUGGUCUUCUGGUGGUGCACGGCUCUCACGCUCGUCUGAACAACAUCGACAGCUCUGGUCGAUUUCUGCGAGACGAGACGUUUGAGUUCUCUGGCAAGAUGAUCUGCCGCAAAGCAGGCUCUUCUGCUGGCAAUCUGCUCCGUGGCUGGAGGCAGGCCCGGGACAAGGAUCCUUCUCUGUUUCGCCAGAUCAGUCUGAUGAGCCAGCCCUCUGCGAAUGUGGAUGGCAUCAUCUUCGCCUGGGCUCAGGAGGAGCUGGCUGCUCUGGCACCUGCCUCUGUCCAUGUCCGCGACUGCUUCGCGGCGGCCUGGUCUGUCUCUGGGGCAGAGUCUCUGUUCUACUCGCAGAGUCUGCAGACGGUCAUUGGACCGAAACUGACUGCGAGUCUGCAACUGACUGACACAGACUAUGCCAGAUCUUUCAAAAGUCUGGCAAGGUCUGCCAUGGACGACCUGAGGCAUGCCGGUCAGACUGCUCUGCUGGCAGCUGGCGAGAAGGAGUUCUGGCGAGCGAGCCAUCUGGACAUGGCGACGGCUGUGGUGCAAGCUCAGACGAAGAUGUCUGAGCGACAGGCCUCCAAAGACUGGAUCGUGUCUGGUCUUCGCCGCAACGGCCUGCUGGCUUACAGACCGGACUUCUCCAAGCAGACUCUGGUGCCUCUGAAAGACGAAGACUGCUGCGGCGCCUCCAUGGGUUCUGCAAGGACGAAGCCAGCCUGGCUGAAGGAUCGCUACUCCUGGCUGGAUGCAUCUGGCAUUCCAGCCCAGCCGGACUGGUCUGCUCUGCACGGAGCCAAAGUCGUGGCGGAUCUGGUGGAAUGGAGCUACCACCAGUCGGACUCGCAGGACGAGGCUCUGGAAAGCCAGGUCUCCGAGGCCCUUCUGAACGUGCACGAGAUGCCACUGGAUCUGCAGCUCCCCUGCAUCGAAUCUGGCGUCCUGACACUUUCUCUGGACCUGCAACGUGCAGCCUGGCAGAAGCAGCUCUCUGCGGACAAAGACACUCUGCAGAAGAAAGCUGUCAAGCGAGACGUGAAGCAGAUGAUCACUCUGGCCAAGCGGAAGCUUCGAGGAAAGCUUCUGGAAGCCAUGAGGCAUCGUCUGACCCAGAUGUCCCGACAGCAAGCUUUGCAACGUCUGGUGCCGAGAGCCUCUGAGAAGAAGCCCUCUGUCGUGAAGAAGGCCGUUUUGAAGCAGAAGAAAAAGACGGCCCUGGCCCACGCUGCGAAGGCUCUGGCGAAGGCCAAGGCUCUGGACGACAAGCCCUCCGGCGACUCUGCUUUGGUGCCUGGCCCUGCUCCUGCUGACCCCGUCUCUGCGAAGGCCUCUGAGCUGAAGGAGGCAACGAAGGGCCCUCUCUACGGCCGAGUCUGCAGGAUUCUGCGAGAGGACCACACCUGUGGCAAGUCUGGCAAGUGCUCCAUGCACAACCUUCUGACGAACCAGGUGUCUCUGCUUGGUGUAGGGGAUGCCUGUGCCACCGUGAUCCUCUCUGACAAGGAGGUCUGCGAGGCUUCUGGUGGGUUCUUUGCUGCGGAGCCUGUGGAACUGCUGAAGUUCAAGAAGUCUUACCCGCAGAUGCUUCUGGACCAGCAUCUUCGGUACGGCUGGGAACUUCUGCGGUACAAUCUGAGCGACUCCGACGAGAACUGGUUCCUGGAGAACAAGAUCUGCAUGGUGGACCCGAAGCUCUCUGGGCAGCUCCUCGGCGAACACGACCGCCCCGAGCUUCUGCGGGCUGCUCUGGACAGACUUCGUUCUGAGAACAAGCUGCUGUUCGUGCCUGUCUGGGGGAACUCUCCGAACCACUGGACUCUUCUGGUCCUGCAGCGAGAAGAGCUCUCAGAAAACUUCUCUGUGAAGUACCUGGACAGCCUGUCUGAGAAGCACGAGGAGUGCUCUGUGAACGCUGCCCGGCUUCUGUCUCUGCUUCUGCCGACAGAGACUCUGCCAGAGAGAAGCUGCUCUGGCACCCAGAAGUCUGACGAGUGCGGCUUCUGGGUUCUGGCCAACAUGCUCUGGAUCUGCUCGGGCCUGCUUCUGGAAGGACCCUGUGCUCGUGGGUCUCGCGGCAAGCUGGUUCUGGAGCUCAUGUCUGAGCUGAAAGGGUUUCUGGCUCAGCUGUCUGGGGAGCAGGCGAAGCUGGAGAAGGAGCUUCUGGGCAAAGAGAAGGAUCUGGAGAAGACUCUGAAGGCCAACCGGAUCCGGUCUGAGAAGCUGGCUGCGAAAUCUGGCAAGGACGCUGCCUCUGUUCUCAAGCUUCAGAAUCUGGCGAAGCAGCUCCUCUCUCUGAACAAGGAGCCUGACGCCUCUGAUCUGUCUGAGGAGGACAAGUCUCGGAUCGAGACUGUCCGUCUGACAGGUCUGGGCGUCUGUUCAAGAUGCCACUGGCAAAGUGGUUGUCUGGACUGUGAUCCUGCGAAGCUGGAGCGGUAUCUGCUGAACAGACUGCGUCUGGAGCUGGGUCUGCCACCUAAGGCAGCCUGA